UUAAAUGUGUGCAUGACGUCAUCAACUGAGCGACAGAGGCAGCUGCGUGUGUACACAGUAGGGGCAGCGUGAGUUCUUUAAACCCCCUAAAAAUGGUUAAAUCUGGGAAACUUCGAUCCGGGACGAGCUCUAAACUCAAACGAUGGAAGAAAGGGCACAGCAGCGACUCCAACCCGCAGACGAACCGACACCGACAGGCUGCUAAAAGUCGCUUCUUCAGCAGACCUUCUGGAAAGAGUGACCUAACGGUAGACGCUCUCAAACUGCACAAUGACCUACAGAAAGGUUCGCUGGAGCGCCGCAAAAGCAGCCAGAAGGAAGCACGCAUGGAAGACGAGCCAGAUGAGGCGUUAUCAGACCGAACGUCGGGCACCUUCCUCAGCGGCCUGUCGGACUGCUCCAACCUGACAUUUAGGAAGGUGCAGCGGUUGUGGGAGUCCAAUUCUGCUGCUCACAAAGAGAUCUGUGCCGUGUUGGCAGCUGUAACGGAAGUGAUUCGCAGUCAGGGGGGCAAGGAGACAGAAACGGAGUACUUUGCAGCUUUGAUGACCACUCUGGAGGUGGUGGAUUCACCGGAGUCGCAAGCUGCAGUGGCAUACCUCCUCAACCUCACCAUGAAAAGGGUUCCGGGCCCGGUGCUCAUGUCCAAGUUCUCAGACACCGCCAAGGCUCUGAUGGACGUCAUGUCCAAACAGAACACGUCGGAAACUAGCUCAGCUCUUAGAUGGAUUCUGUCAUGCUUGGCUACUCUGUUGAGGAAACAAGACGCGGCUGUGUGGACGUACCCGUCCACUCUUCAGGCUUACCAUGGCCUGCUUAGCUUUACCGUGCACAGCAAACCCAAGGUGCGUAAGGCAGCACAGCAGGGCGUGUGCUCCAUCCUCCGAGGGAGUGACUUCCUGUUCACAGACAAAGCGCCCACCCAUCACCCUGCUGCAGCGACCACCGCCAAGUUCUGCAUCAAAGAGAUGGAGCAGGCAGGAGGCAGCAGAGAGGACACCACCUUGCUCCAUGUGCUUGGCCUCAUGAAAGAGGUGGUGCCGACAUUCCCCAUCGGCGCCGUCAAGUCUUGUUGUGAGAUACUGCUGCGAGUGAUGACGCUCAGCCACGUGUUUGUGACUGCCAGUGCCAUGCAGACCUUCCACAAACUCUUCAGUGGGACGCCAAGUGCCUCCAGCUUAUCACCUGAACUCAACGCACAAAUCAUCACAGCUUUGUAUGACUACCUGCCCAGUGAGAGUGACCUGCAGCCCAUGUUGGCCUGGCUCGCCGUCAUGGAGAAAGCGCACGUUCACUUAGCAAGUCUGCAGAGUUCUCUGAGUCUGGGCCACCUCCCUCGUCUGUUCUCUGCCGCCAUGUCGUGCCUGUUGUCGCCUCACACACAGGUGGUGUCUGCGGCCGCCAGCACACUCAAGACGCUGUUGACUGAGUGCGUGGGCCCUCGCAUGGAGGAAAUCGGCAUGGUAACUGCCACGGCGUCUGCAGGCAACCCCUCUUACGUCUGCAAAAUGUUUCGCAUUGUAGAAGAGGGCUUGUCCUAUCGCUUCCAUGCUUCCUGGCCAUUUGUUUUGCAAAUACUUGGUUGCUUUUACAAGGUUGCAGGCAGACAGGCACACCCCGUCAUGACCAAGUCCCUACAGUCUCUUGCCGACCUUCGUGCUACUCCUCGAUUCUCCUUCAGUGGCGAGCUGGAUCUGGCAGUAGGGGGCGCUGUGGAGAGCAUGGGUCCAGAGGUUGUUUUGGGGGUGGUGCCUCUCAACAUUACGGGUUAUGACGACGACCUGGAGUUCCCCCGCAGUUGGCUGAUCCCUGUCAUCCGUGAUCACGUCAAGAACACUCAGCUGGGCUUCUUCAUCUCCUACUUCCUUCCUCUGGCCUCCACGCUCAAACAGAGAGCUGAAGAGUUUGAACAAGCGGGUCAGAAACUAGAAGCCAAAGUCUAUCAGACUUUACAGCUUCAGAUAUGGACCAUGUUACCUGGUUUUUGCACAUGUCCCGUGGACCUGGUGGUGUCCUUCAAAGGCAUCGCCCGCUCACUCGGCAUGGCCAUCAAUGAGCGGCCCGACCUGAGGCUCACAGUGUGCCAGGCCCUGCGCACCAUUAUCAAUAAGAGUUGCAAUACGGAGGACGAAAAGGCCGAAAUGUGUCGCUUCUCCAAGAACUUCCUGCCCAUCCUCUUCAACGUGUACAGCUUGCAGCCUGCAAACGGAGAGUCCGGAGCCUACAGGAUGGCCGUCUUGGACACCAUCAAAGUCUACUUGACUGUUACAGACCCACAGAUGAUCUACACGUUCUUGGAAAAAGCCAUAGAGAGGUUGACUAGCGCAGAAACCACAGAGUUCACACGGCUGUCCAUGAUGGACCUUGUGGUUGCCAUGACUCCCUUCUUGAAUCAGCUCACCAUGGCGAAGACCUUUGAACUCAUCAGACCACAUCUGGAGACUAAAGAACCGGUGAUGCAGAAGAAAGCGUACCGCGUGCUGGAGGAGAUGUGCGCCGGAGAGCGAGACGAGUGCAGGGCGUUCGUCGUGGGCAAUCUUGAGACGCUUAAAGCGGUCCUGCUGAAGACUCUGAUACACGCCUCCUCACCAGCAAAAAGGCCGCGACUGAAGUGUCUGAUCCACAUUGUGAGAAGACUCGACCAAGAACACAAAGACUUCAUCUCAUCACUGCUGCCUGAGGUGGUCAUAUGUACCAAAGAGGUUUCUGUUGGGGCCCGUAAAAAUGCAUACUCUCUGCUGGUGGAAAUUGGAAAUGCUUUCGUGCGCUUCUGUGGAAACCAUAAAGAGGCCAUGGAGCAGUACCUGCCCUUAGUGUAUGUUGGCCUAACGGGCCCCGUCACCAUGAUCACCUGCUCAGUGAUGGCCCUCACGCGACUGGUGUAUGAGUACAAAGACGACAUAGACGUGUCCGCCAUGGAGGAGCUGCUGCACAAGGUCUGUAUGCUGCUGAGCUCGCGCACCAGAGAUGUGGUCAAAGCAGCGCUGGGCUUCAUCAAGGUCAUCAUCUUCGUCAUGGAUUCCGAGACGCUGGCAUCGCAUAUGAGUGUCAUGAUGGAAGCCAUCGGUACAAUCAACAAUGAUGUGAGACGACACUUCAGAGCCAAACUCAAGAACGUCUUCACCAAGUUUGUCAGAAAGUUUGGGUUUGAGCUGGUGAAGAGCAUGCUGCCCCCUGAAUACCACAAGGUGCUGGCCAACAUCCGCAAGGCGGAGGCUCGCACCAAAAGACGCAAGCAGGUGUCGGAGCAACAGGACGACUCGUACAGUGAAGAAGAGACCCCUAUUAAGAAGAGUGACAGUAUUGAAGAAAUCCUGGCGGACUCAGACAGCGACCUGUCAGAGGAUGAAGGCAAGGCUAGAAAGAAGAAAGGUGGGAAGCAGCAGAAGGGGCGGGCCUGGUUGAAAGAGGGCGAGGAGGAUGACCCGCUCAACUUCUUGGAUCCCAAAGUUUCCCAAAGAGUGCUUGCCACCAACCCUGAGCGGAAGAAGAGCUCCAAGGCUGAUCACGGCUUCAAGGUGACGUCAGACGGGCGACUGAUCAUCAAAGAAGACGACGACGAGGACGUGAAGCAGAAAGACGGUGAGAUAAAGGACAUUCUAGAAGAGGUUGGAGUGAAGAGUAAAAAGAGCCAAAAGAGGAAGCUAGAAGAUGAGCGAUUGGACAACAUGGACGUAGAACCUCAGCUCAAAUACAAAGCUGGUGGUAAAGGUAUCCACAGAGCUGUGGGAGCCAGCAGAGACUCUGGAACAGAGUACAAGUCAAAGAAAGGCAAAGGUGACGUGAAGAAACAAGGCAAACUGGACCCGUACGCUUAUAUUCCUCUUAGGAAGGAACAACUCAAUCGCAGGAAGCGUGCCAAACUGCAAGGGCAGUUCAAGGGCAUGGUGAAAGGAGCCCAGAAGGGGGCGGUGUCAGGUAGAAAAAUGCUAAGGCGCAAAAGAAAGGCUUAAAGGCUUCACGAAAUGGACUUUUAUGGACUUUAACUAGCGUGUUGAUAAGCAUGCUGGUUAAGUUGUGUGUGUGUGUGUGUGUGUGUGUGUGUGUGUGUGUGUGUGUGUGUGUGUGUGUGUGUGUGUGUGUGUGUGUGUGUGUGUGUGUGUGUGUGUGUGUGUGUGUGUGUGUGUGUGUGUGUGUGUGUGUGUGUGUGUGUGUGUGUGUGUGUGUGUGUGUGUGUGUGUGUGUGUGUGUGUGUGUGUGUGUGUGUGUGUGUGUGUGUGUGUGUGUGAAGAGAACGCCACAACAUGGAACUCUCACCUUUACCGUGUACUUCUUCUCUCAGCCACUAGAGAGCAGUAUAGACUUUGUGAACGAUCAACAGCAGAAGUCAUGAGUCAAUAAAAGAUAAUUUAGAUACAUUGAAGCUAUGGAAGAAUAGAAAGUAUGUGACUUCAUUAAUGACUCAUCAGGUGUUGGAGGUUUGUGUGCAACCAAAUGAGUCAUGUGACCCAGAGGUCAAUCUUGUCUGACCAGUAAAGUCAAGCCUGUUGGAGCAUCCAGUA